GGUGAAGAAAAUCCACUUUGGGUCCCGACACGACUGACAAGGACCGUGAAAGAGCAAGAUGAACCCCCAAGAUGAUUCUCCUGCUCCUGAUGAUUGAAACCAGGAUAAGUAUACCUUUAUGGGCCAUAGUAAGAUCAUGGCCAGUACCUUUACCGGUACAUUCCAAUUCUUCUACCUAGCCUUUGUUUUUUGCAAAGGAAUGUUUUUUGGAUGUGCCUUAUGCACGACAAACUCCUCAAGAGCCACGGGUGUAUAAGAGUACUAGUUUUCAUUUAAAUUAUACAUUAUGCUUUGUGCAUAAUGUAGAUAAACCUUUUACACCCUAAAUAUUUUUUAAGAAAGAUUAUCUCUAAUUGGGCAGAUCAAAUUAAUACUGCUGACACUAUAAGUCAGAUAGCAGAAAAAACAUCUGAAGCAUUGCUUACCCUGCAAAGGGUGGAUUCUCAUAUCACCUCAGGGUUAAUGUUAGUGAAUCAGAGAGUGGAUAUUUUACAACAUGACAUGGGACAGAUGAUGGAUGUCAUACAAAUGAGUUGUGUGGCAUCCACAUCGCAUGUAUGCAUUACUCCCAAUAGGUAUAUUAAUAAUUCUUUUAUUAAAAGUACAGACCUAUCGAAUUACCUGAAGGGGAACUGGUCGCAGGAGCUGGAAAGGUUGCAGACAAGGCUGCAGAUACAGAUCCUGAACCUUAAUGGGACCAGAGUGGAACCAGUGACCCUCGGAGACUUUAACUCCUGGCUUACCUCUACUUUUUCUUACUUUAAGGAAUGGGUGGGAGUGAUUUUGUUUGGUGCUGCCAUAUGCUGUGGACUGGUGUUCAUGCUCUGGUUGGUAUGCAAAUUCAGAACCCAACAAAAACAUGUCAAGGUGAUUAUAACUCAGGCACUUUUAGCUAUUGAAAACGGCUCCUCCCCUGAAAUUUGGUUAUCUAUGCUCAAGAAUUAGUUAGCAUCUGAGUUCUCUGCUCUUGCACUCCACAGCACUGAGAUGAGAGAGACUCAACGAUCAGUGAUCAGCCCUUGCACAUCACUGAGGUUUCCUCAUUGCAAGCGAUAGGGUGAUCAUGAUUUCCCCCUAACUCAUUUUUUGGCUGGCCUCUUUUGCAGAGUUCGCCCUAGGUCAUUUAGCAGUUAUUGUCACACAGCACUGUGGUAUCCAGAGACGGGCAACUUUCCUCGUGCACAGUCCAACCUAAGACAUGGGGCCCAGUGGCGAUAGGGUUACCCUAUGACAGGUCAGAGGACAACUUUUAAGAGCCAGUGCUCUCUUACCAUCGGGUCCUGGGGAUGGAAUUCACAUGACACUUGGAGCCGGAAGCGGAGGGUCAGACGGCAAGGUCAGAGGGCACACACUCCUAAGGCAAGAGGAACCUCGGUGACCUCUUCCAGAGACUGCACGCACCUUGGCUGGGUGCGCAGGCGCACGGAAGCCACGGGCGCGGUGGGCGGCGGCGAGAGGCGAUUGGCUGAAUGCCGAGGCUCCGCCUUUCGGCGCGUCAGCUACCGGGUCGGCGGGUUAGUCUGCAGGUUCGGGUCGUUCUGGCGUCGUUGAAUCCGGUGUGGUGCCAGGGCCUUGUGCGGCUCUCACGCUCGCCGGGAACUGAGCAUUGCUGUCUCUGAAAAAUGAAUCUCAGUAUGAAGCAGAAGCAGGAGGGAGCCCAAGAGAAUGUGAAGAAUAGUCCUGUCCCAAGGAGAACGCUGAAGAUGAUCCAGCCUUCUGCAGAUGGAUCUCUUGUUGGCAGAGAAAAUGAGUUGCCAAAAGGCUUGUUCAAAAGGAAGCUUUGGGAUGACCAGCUAGCAUCUCAGACUUCAAGCUGUGGUCCAGAAGCUAAUGAAAAUAAGGAUGUUGGAGACCUCACCCAGGAAGCCUUUGAUCUUAUAAGUAAAGAGAACCCAUCUUCUCAGUAUUGGAAAGAAGUGGCAGAGCAGCGGAGGAAAGCUCUCUACGAAGCGCUGAAAGAGAAUGAGAAACUUCAUAAAGAAAUUGAACAAAAGGACAGUGAGAUUGCCCGCCUGAGAAAGGAGAAUAAAGACUUGGCAGAAGUAGCUGAGCACGUGCAGUACAUGGCGGAGGUAAUCGAGAGGCUGAGUAAUGAACCUCUGGAUAACUUUGAAUCACCGGAUAGUCAGGAAUUUGAUUCUGAAGAAGAAGCUGUUGAGUAUUCAGAACUGGAAGACUCAGGAGCUGGGACGUGUGCUGAAGAGACUGUGUCUUCCUCCACGGAUGCUAGGCCGUGUACAUGAGGUGUGGGACGCACUGCCAGCGUUGCCCUUUAGUAUAGCUCUUGGUAAACUAACUACACGGUGCAAGUGCUGGAAGCCAGGUUUGAAUCCUGGGGCUAUCACUAUGUUAAAAUACAGAUAGUGUGUAUUUUUAAUCCGUUUUAUGUAAAUAGCAUUUUCAUUUUUGUCAGUGUCAGAUAUAAACUGUAUAUUAAAUAAACUUCAAUUUCCUGUUGAACAUUGUA